UGUCGGUGGUGGUGCAAGGAGGUCUGCAUUAUCCGCAGCAGACGGGAGCGACGGUCCUGGUGCUUUCGGAAUUGGUAGAAGGGAUGCAGCAUGUUGAAAGAAGGCGUCGCGACUCAUCGGGUUCGCCGAUGGAAGGCGAUGGUUAUUCGAGCGGUCCACUGACCGCCACCCAUCAUGGUCACCACCACGAACAGCGAUAUUAUGAACCGCCUCUUAGCGCUGGUGCCAUGCUCAGCCUUGGAGGGCAGGCGGCCCAGCAGGCACAAGACGCCACGGUCGGCGGCAAUGGAUCCCCAACUGGUGCAGGACAAUCGUUCGUCUACGAGUAUUACAAAUUGCCGGACCCGAAGGAUAUGGAUCAACAUGCUACAGUUUAUAUGAGCGUUCCCACCACGGCGACGAGCGUUGUGACCGCCAAAGCAGCGAACGCCAAUGGUAGCUCAGGCUCUCCGCCCAUCGACAUCGCGACCGGCCUAUCGACAAACGACAUCCAAGGACUGCUUCUCGGAUCGACCUCUUCAUCAAGCGGAAUCAAGCGCGAACCAGAAGAUCUCAGUCAUAAAAGACAUACGAAGAAUACAGCGGUGGGAAGACUUCAGCAGAAGAUCCUUGUCGUGACAUCAAGCAACGGUGCCCAGGACCUCGUGGUCGAUGUAGAAGAUCAGCAGCAAAUUAAAGAGGAGUUGUCGAGGAUUCAUUCGCCUCCAACACCUGGAUCGCCAUCUCAACAUCAACUUGUUCAACAGCAACAUAACGCGAAUAACGGCGACAUCAAAGGAUCCGCGAUGUUUUCGACACAGCAGGUAUUUAUGUCCGGCUCGCAGCAUGGUUCUGGCACUCCCUCGCCAGUUCCUUAUACGGAUCAGUAUGGUCAAACCAUAGGCCAAAAUUAUGUCGCACAAAUUCGUCCAGGAAGUUCUACUGCAUUUGUCAGCGAUGCCUAUUAUAGAGAUUAUUUCCCCGCCUCUGAACAAUACUCAUCAUCAUUACGCCAAGCAGCCACACAAUACAGUGGCGGCGGUGGCGAGCCUUGUGGACCUGCUGAAGGUGGUGCCUUCCCAAUUUCAGAACGUUACAGACAAGCUCCUUACAAAGGUGUUCUGGCUGGUGGUCUAACGGUAGACUUACCAUCACCAGAUAGUGGCAUCGGAGCAGACGCUGCAACGCCAAGAGAUCAAAACGCCAUACAACAAUCAUUCGAUUAUACUGAACUAUGUCAACCCGCCGGAUUAUUAGACGGUGUUGUUCCAGUUCACAGAGGUGGCGGUACUGGCCCGCAUUCCCCUGGUGGCACUCCACUUCAUGGCCAGGCGCCACUUGUUGCACAAGCGUCCCGCUCGCGACCAUGGCACGACUUCGGAAGACAGAAUGAUGCUGAUAAAAUACAGAUACCUAAAAUAUUUUCAACGUGUGGCUUUAAAUAUCAUCUCGAAAGUCCAAUAAGCAGUUCCCAAAGGAGAGAAGAUGACAGGAUCACGUAUAUUAACAAAGGACAAUUUUAUGGAAUUAGUCUCGAAUAUAUACAUGAUCCAGAUCAACCACUAAAGAGCCAAACCGUUAAGAGUGUAGUUAUGCUGAUGUUCAGAGAAGAAAAAAGUCCUGAAGACGAAAUUAAAGCGUGGCAAUUCUGGCACGGCAGACAACACUCGGUCAAACAACGCAUAUUGGAUGCCGAUACAAAGAACAGUGUCGGAUUGGUCGGAUGCAUAGAAGAGGUUUCGCAUAAUGCAAUUGCUGUUUAUUGGAAUCCACUUGAAAGCGGUGCUAAGAUCAACGUAGCUGUCCAGUGCCUCAGCACGGACUUCAGCAGUCAAAAGGGUGUCAAGGGUUUGCCAUUGCACCUCCAAAUUGAUACAUUUGAAGAUCCACGAGACCCAACCGUGUUUCAUAGAGGUUACUGCCAGAUCAAAGUCUUCUGUGAUAAGGGCGCAGAGCGUAAAACACGCGACGAAGAGCGCAGAGCGGCAAAGAGGAAAAUGACAGCAACUGGACGCAAGAAGUUGGACGAACUUUACCAUCCCGUUGUCGAAAGGAGCGAAUUCUACAGCAUGAGCGAUUUGAACAAACCGCCAGUGCUAUUUUCACCUGCUGAGGACAUCGAUAAGUUGACGUCUAUGGAAUUGCAAGGUUUCUAUGGUCAUGAAAACUCUGAAGGAGCAUCUCUCGGAGCAGGUGACAUGAAAGGAACUUCACCAUUCUUACUGCAUACCCCAAAGCCACCAUCUACGCCUACUCUCAAGUUCCAUAAUCAUUUUCCACCAGACACGUCUGUUGACAAGAAAACAGUCGAUAUGCUUGACCAGGGCAUGUCGUCCGAAUUCACGCCGCCCAUGAUCAAACGAUCUCGCCUGUCGCCGCCGCCGUUGAGCGAGCGCGUUAUGCUGUACGUGCGUCAAGAGGCCGAAGACGUCUACACUCCGCUGCACGUCGUGCCGCCCACCACACAGGGCCUACUGAAUGCCAUCGAAAAUAAAUACAAAAUUUCUGCUUCAAGCAUAAAUAACAUUUAUAGAAAAAACAUGAAAGGGAUUACGGCCAAAAUAGACAAUGAAAUGCUUUCAUAUUACUGUAAUGAAGACCUAUUUCUAUUGGAAGUCAGAAGAUCAGAGGAUGAUUUGCUCGAUAUAACGCUGGUUGAACUACCAAAUCAUUAGCAAAUCUAUAAAUGAAAUAUUGUUAGAUUAUGAACUAUCUUGCCUUACUUGACAAAUGCUGGAGAAUGCAU